CCUUCUUGCUCUCUCGGCUCUUUUUUCACCGCUGCCUCGACGUACUUGCUCGCCUCCCUGGCGAUUCGGGGGAAACAAUUAUACGUCUACGAUGGAAAGGGAUAGGGACGAUGGGAGUUUCAGCCCCAAGAGGCGCAAACUGGAUUUCAACCCUCUCCGUUCCGACGACCGCUACUCUGUCCUCCCCAACCGCAGCCAUCAACAAGCUCGAGCACGAAGUCGCUUCGCUAACGAUACCUCAUCUCGUGCCUCCACUCCCCGCGCCCAGUCGAAUUACGCCGCGACUCCCAAGAACCAAGAAUUUGACGGUCCAGAGCCGCUGGCUAGUGUCGACGAGCAGAAUGCCCUCGAUCGCGACUGGUACGCUGGCGACGAGACCGGCGGGCAUACUUUUGGCGACGACUCCCACAACCCUUUCGGGUCCUACGACACAUCAUGGGUCGAUCAGCAGCAGCGGGAGGCCGAUAUGGUCGAGAAGAAGACCGGGAGACACAUGAAUGCGCGCCAGUUACAGAAGCAAAAGGAUGCCGACGCCUGGGAGACCAACCGUAUGCUUACGUCGGGUGUCGCGCAGCGACGGGGUCUAGGCGAUGAUUUCGACGACGACGAUGAAGGGACGCGCGUCCAUCUGCUCAUCCACGACUUGAAACCCCCCUUCCUCGAUGGCCGGACUGUGUUUACGAAGCAGCUAGAGCCCGUACCGGCCGUCAAGGAUUACCAGAGCGAUAUGGCCGUAUUCAGUCGCAAAGGGAGUCGCGUGGUAAGGGACAGGAGACAGCAGAGAGAGCGCCAGCGCCAGGCCCAGGAAGCGACAAACAUGGCUGGUACGGCCUUGGGGAAUAUCAUGGGUGUAAAGGAGGAUGAGGGCGACAGCGCCUUGCCGAUCGCCGCCGAAGAAGACGGUCCGAAAUCGGGAAGCAACAAGUUCAGCGAGCACAUGAAAAAGAACGACGGCGCAAGCGCCUUUAGCCAGAGCAAGACGUUGAAGGAGCAGAGGGAAUUCUUGCCUGCAUUCGCGGUGCGAGAGGAUCUGCUAAGGAUCAUUAGGGACAACCAAGUCGUCAUCGUGGUCGGCGAAACGGGCUCGGGAAAGACGACGCAGCUUACGCAGUUCCUGUACGAAGACGGCUACGGGAAGAUGGGCAUGAUAGGCUGCACGCAGCCUCGACGAGUAGCGGCCAUGAGCGUGGCGAAGCGUGUCGCCGAGGAGAUGGAGGUCCCUCUGGGAAGUACAGUCGGCUACGCUAUCCGGUUCGAAGACUGCACCAGCAAAGACACGGUCAUAAAAUAUAUGACUGACGGAGUUCUCCUUCGAGAAUCGCUAAACGAGCGCGAUCUGGAUCGAUACUCGUGCGUGAUCAUGGACGAGGCCCACGAGCGAGCCCUCAACACGGAUGUGUUGAUGGGGCUAUUCAAUAAGAUCCUGCAACGGCGGAGAGACCUCAAGUUGAUCGUGACAUCAGCUACCAUGAAUUCGAAGCGGUUCUCCGAUUUCUUCGGCGGGGCCCCCGAGUUCACCAUCCCCGGCCGAACAUUCCCGGUCGAUAUCAUGUUCCACCGGUCGCCAGUGGAGGACUAUGUCGAUCAAGCCGUUCAACAGGUGCUUGCGAUCCACGUAUCCAUGGGGGCCGGCGAUAUUCUAGUAUUUAUGACGGGCCAGGAGGAUAUAGAGUGCACGUGCGAGUUGGUACGGGAGCGCCUGGACGCCCUGAACGAUCCCCCCAAGCUUAGCAUCCUGCCGAUAUAUAGUCAGAUGCCUGCCGACCUUCAAGCCAAGAUCUUCGACCGCGCACCGCCUGGGGUGCGCAAGUGCAUUGUGGCCACCAACAUCGCCGAAACCAGUUUGACGGUGGACGGUAUUAUGUACGUGGUGGACGCUGGGUAUUCUAAAUUGAAAGUCUACAACCCCAGGAUGGGUAUGGAUACCCUUCAGAUCACCCCAAUAUCGCAAGCAAAUGCUGGCCAGCGUGCCGGCCGAGCCGGCCGAACAGGUCCCGGCAAGGCCUUCCGCUUAUAUACUGAGAAGGCCUUCAAAGACGAUCUCUACAUCCAAACGAUACCCGAAAUCCAGCGGACGAACUUGAGCAACACGGUGCUCUUACUGAAAUCCCUCGGUGUCCGAGACUUGCUCGACUUCGAUUUCAUGGACCCGCCGCCUCAAGACACCAUCACUACUUCCCUGUUUGACCUCUGGGCCUUGGGUGCGCUGGACAACCUCGGAGAGCUAACAGACCUAGGCUCCAAGAUGAACGCGUUUCCCAUGGAUCCGCCCCUGGCAAAGCUCCUGAUCAUGUCCGAGGAGUACGGCUGCAGCGAGGAAAUGGUGACCAUCGUCUCCAUGCUAUCUGUGCCCAACGUGUUUUACCGUCCAAAGGAGCGGCAGGAGGAGUCGGACGCCGCGCGCGAGAAGUUCUUCGUUCCCGAGUCCGACCACCUGACCUAUCUCCACGUAUAUUCCCAAUGGAAGUCCAACGGCUACUCUGACGGCUGGUGCACGCGGCAUUUCUUACACUCCAAGUCCCUUCGCAAGGCAAAGGAAGUCAGGGAGCAGCUCCUCGACAUCAUGAAGAUGCAAAAGAUGCAGAUGAUCAGUUGCGGGACAGACUGGGACAUUAUCCGCAAGUGCAUCUGUUCGGGCUAUUACCACCAAGCCGCCAAGGUCAAGGGGAUUGGAGAGUACAUCAACCUGCGCACCUCGGUGACUGUACAGCUGCAUCCUACUAGCGCCCUAUACGGUCUCGGGUUUCUACCCGACUACGUGGUCUACCACGAGCUGAUCCUCACCUCGAAAGAGUACAUGUCGGUCGUGACAUCUGUCGAUCCUCACUGGCUCGCGGAGCUGGGCGGCGUAUUCUACUCGGUAAAGGAGAAGGGGUACUCGGCCCGGGAGAAGCGCAUCACGGAGACCGAGUUCAACCGCAAGAUGGAGAUCGAAGCGAAGAUGGCCGAGGACAAGCGGAGGUACGAGGAGCAGAAGCAGCAGGAGGAGGAAAAGGCGGCGAAAAAGCCCCCCCCGGAAAAGGGUAAGAAGAUCAUCACGUCGGGAGCGGUAAAGAAGCCGGUAAUGAAGAGGAAAGGUAGGGGGUUUUAAUCAAUUGUCGGCCUAUUUAGAAAUACCGUAGCGAAUAACCUCGUCUAUAUCGAGGGCCCUUUGGAAUUUCAUAACAUAGGGAUGGAGCCUAUCCCUGGAUCACUUGCUCCUCGAACGCCAGUACUUGGAUAUGCCCUCGCUCUCUACCGCCGCACUACAAAUAGUUCCUCGCCCUCCUGCACCUCUCGAGACUCUUGAUCCAGCCUGACGACACGCGCAUGCGUCGGGCCCUUGUCAAGUUCCUUGAGGAACAAUCUGAUAGAAUGCUCCUCCCCUUGGGCUUCGCCUUCGACCUGGAUGGGUGUAAGCAAACACGCCUACUCUCUGAUAAUCCAUAUAGGAGAUGAUGUGAAUUUGGGACUUAGCGGGUUAAUGAAAGGGAUCUCGGUCGCCUACCUUGCCAUUCUCUGUGUUCCGACACCAUCCUGUGACGCCGUGCUCGGCAGCCUUCUUAUGGGCGAAGUGCCGGUAGCUGACGCCUGUUGCAAUGUUAGCAUGGCUCGUACGCAGUCAAGCUAGAAUCUACAUCGUAAAGCUACGGGACAUUGUACAGACCCUGGACGCGGCCGUGGGCGAGGAAGUAGACCUAGGCAUUCGUCAGUUUCUCUGCUUCCUGCGCUAUCUGCCAAAC